UUUUUGGCCAUUUCAAACGAGUCACCUUCCCUGAAGUGAAGUAUCAGAGCAGCAAAAGCAGGUCCACAGAGAGCUCCAAAUGCAGGGGAAUUCAGUGCUGUCGCCCUCUCCAUCCUUCAACAGCUACUCUUCUGGCAAACUCCAUGGGAUCGCCACCAGAGUCGUUGAGGAACCUCGCCAUGUACACGACUCAGAUGCUGAUCAUAUCUUUGCCUGCGCUCCAGAAAAUCCGCAUCUCCAAUUCCAAGAAACCUCAAAAACCGGACCUCUGCAGCAGCAAAAACAACAACAAGAAGGCAGAGACAAUAACGAUGGCGAGGGCGAGGAUGAUUUUGAGUUCGCUUUUGUUUGCAGAGAACCGUACUCGUCCCCAAUCUCCGCCGACGAGAUCUUCUACAAUGGCCGGAUUAGACCCGUUCACCCCAUUUCCAUAUUCGACCAAAGCCUAGUCGUAAACUAUUCCCUUACAAAGAGAACCGAUUCUUCAAAAAAGUCGAGACUUCGUCGUCCUCCUCUGAGAAAGCUUAUGACCGAGGAAAGAGAACGGGAAGCAGCGUCUUGCUCUACCUCAGAAGCUGACGAGCUGGAUGGGGUACCAACCGGAACCUACUGCGUGUGGACCCCAAAAAAAGGGCAAGCUAAAGCCGAGGCAGCGCCUUCUUCGCACGAUGGCUGCAAGAAGAGCAAUUCGAGCGGCUCUUCCAAGAGAUGGAAGCUCCGGGACUAUCUUCAUCGGAGUAACAGCGACGGGAAUGAGACGUUCGUCGUAUUGACGCCUAGCAAGAAGACGAUCACCGAUGAUUCGCCGGCGCCGGAGAAUGGGAACAAGGGUAAGGUGCGGGAUGCCGAUUAUGCGAGGAACAGGGCGGUGAAGGAAGCUGGGGAUAAGAGGAGAUCGUCAUUCUUGGUUGGGUUCUUCGCUAAUGUCGAUGGUCUGAGUUGGAGGUUGCAGUUUGCAGCCACUGAACGAUGAAAGCAAUCAUCCGGCUUUUGAUUCUGAAAAAAGAAUGAUGGGGAUCGGCAUUGUGGUUAGGGACAGCAGGAGUAAGGUGAUGGCUGUAGUUUCUGCACCAAAAAGUCAUGUCUAUAAUGUGUUUUAUGCAUAAUGCUAUGCUCUGUUAAGGGGUCUGCAGCUGUGCCAAGAGUUGGGCAUGCAGCAGGUGAUCUUUGAGGGUGAUGCUAAGGUAGUCAUAGAUGGCGUUAAUGGUAUUAAAUCCAAUUGUUCUUGGCAAGGACAGUUACUGGACGAUAUGAAAUUUCUUUUAUUGAGGCAUACGGAUUGGAAGCUGCAUUUUGUCAAAAGGAAUGGGAAUAAGGCUGCUCACAGUGCAGCAAAGAUAGGCAUGUAUUUAGAAAAUGAGGUUGUUUGGAUUGAAGAUGGUCCUUCUGAGGUUCUGUCAGCUAUUUUCUUUGAUAAACAAUGUAUUCCGAUUUUGAGU